AAAUUGUCAUCCUCAUCUGCGUGCGUGUCGCAGUCUCUACCACCGCCGUCACUGAACUCUCCCAGUAAGGAUACGGUCAGAAUGGACGACUUCUCGGAAUGGCGUUCUAUCCGGCCAUGGCGUCCUACCCUGGCCCUGUCAAUCCGUGAAAUAACAUCGGUUUCCGUGACCUUCAUCUUAACCUCUCCAUAUAGCUCCGACUCCAUCGGUUCCCUCAGUAUGUCUUCCGACGAAGACGAAGAUUCGGGAUCAGAAGACGAGUGCGAGCCGGACAGGACGCAGAUCAUAUCGGAUGUCCUCGCAAAGGGCCUCUCGGUAAAGGUGAACGGCAUCCCUUGGCAGAGAGUGCUCAUCAAAGUCGACGAGGAGACGGAUGAGGCGGUCAUCAUUCUAUUCGGGCUCAUGCCAGGCAGACAAUACGACGUCGAGUUGGGAGUUGUGCCGGGUGAGAGAACAGUACGAGGUCAAAUCACUACAGAUAGCGAACUACACUCCGAUCCCUCACGGUCGGAUUCCCUCGCAGAGGAGGCCAUCCUGCUGAGCAGCUCCCUGCCCUCCAACACCUCCCAAGCGCUCUCCGCGUCCUCACAUCAGACCUCACCAUCCUCCUCCCCCUCCGCGCCCGUCCCCAUGUUGACUCCCGCACCGCUCACGCUCGAGGCUCGGCGGCAGCAACUCACCCAUGAGCUCGCGACGCUCAACGCGGAGCAUGCGCAGUUGACGGCGGCACUCAAGACCGCGCGCAAGGAGGCGCAGAAGGCGGACGCGGGUCUGCGCGCGGAGAUCGACGCGCUGAAGCGGGCGGCGGAGCGCGGCGCCGCGGGAGAGCAGCGCGCGAAGCAGAAGGUGCUCGCGCUGCGCGAGGCGAGGAAGCAGACGGAGGCGGCCGCGGAGGCGAUUGAGGCGGCGCGGGAGGAGUUGGAGGCAGCAUUGCCUGGACUCGAGCAACGCGUGCGCGAUGUGGAGGGCUCACUGGGGCAGGUGAGGCUGCGUGCUGAAGAGAAGAGGAGGGAGCGCGAGGAGGCGGAGGCGAGGGAGCGGAGGAGGCGUGAGGGAUGGUCGGCAGAGAUAGGUGCGCUGGGACGGACGUUGCAGAAGCUGGCGGCGAGAAGAGAGAAGCUGGAGGGUCGAGCGAGGGUGGCGCAGGGACGAUCGGAGAGUUGGAGGAGAAGCUGAGGAGGCUGGAAGAGGAGCGCGAGAGGAUAGAGAGGGAUCCGUUCGGGUACGAGGGCGAGGCGGGAGGAAGGGACGCAGACGGCUCGCAAGAA